AUGGGCGACAAUGCCAGUGCGGCUGUGGCCGAACCCGAGCCCAUAGCCGAUGUCAUAGAAGCAAAAGAGGACUCCCGACCUGCUGAACCUGUCGAGCCUGUCGAGCCUGCUGCGUCUAUUCUGCCGACGAAACCCUUCUCAUGGCUUGAUCCCCACCCGAUUUUUGUUAUCCUUAUUGUGGGCGCCGAGGAAAAGCCCUUUGGCAUCCAAAAGGACUUUCUUUGCGCAAAAAGCCGUUACUUUCAAGAUUAUUUUUACAAAAGCACACCCAACGGCACGGCGCCGAAUGUAAGCGAUAACGGUACGGUCGACAAGGAGGUCGAAAAUGUUAUCCGAAUGAAUGACAUCUCAGUCGAAGCGUUUUCCUACGCGCAACACUUUAUGUACACGGGCAACGUCGUUCCGGACCAGGCCACUGUCAUCAGCUCUCAUUUCAGCACCGGCAAGGAAGAGCCCGGGAUCCCCAGCUACGACCUUCUCGUUAGCAUUUGGAAGCUCGGCCACCGCCUGGGCAUCGACGGCCUUUGCGAGCGUUCGCUUGAAGCCAUGGCCGAGACCAAGCGCCUGACACAGUCGAUCCCCGCCACAAACAUUCUUGUGCAGGUCUGGAAAGACACACCGGACGGCUCGUCCAUCCGCCAUCUGCUGCUGUCAUGGGCCGCCGAGUACCUGCGGUCGAGCGAAAGCGGCCGUUCCGAGUUUGCCAGAGCUCUUCCCCAAGAGCUGCUCAGCGAGCUUGUUGUGGCCAUGAGCAGUUCGUACGGGGACUUCUGGGGUCUUCCCGGCGAUACGAACGGCGACGACGACGUUGCCAGCGCCGCAGCCUCCACGCGCUCCGCCGAAAACGGCCACGUCAAUGGCAAGCACUAUCUCGAGGAUGACUACGACGACAGCACACAGGAUGGUGGCGACCCUGGUGCCAACGGCAACAGCAGCAUCCACUAUCGUGGCUCGCCCCCGGCAUCCAAACGCGCGCGUUAUUUUGACUCGUUUCCCGUGGGCAGAGCAUCGUCUGUCAUGAACCCGGCAACGCCAAACUUGCCUGCGUCACCGGCGAACAUUGCGCCCGGCUCUACAGGGAGGAAAGCUAUCAGAACCGCGCUGCCCACCGGUGGUGGCGCCACACCGCGCGCUAUUCCAAAGAAGCGGAGCAUCAAUGUGGACGUUAAUUCAUUCACCGAGGCCCAGAAACUCGAAUUUUGCGCCGACCUCGUGACACGUAUGCUCUCCGGGCCGGGGUUCUGGACGCGGCUCGUGGGCCCGUUCAAGGAGCCCGUUGACCCCACGUCGGAAGGCAUACCAGAUUAUUUCACCAAGGUCAAGCGGCCCAUGGACCUCGGCACGAUCAAGAACAACCUCGACAACCACCGGUACAAGGCGCCUGAGGAGUUUUUGGCUGACAUGCGGCAGAUAUUUUCCAACGUAUACUCGUACUGGACAAAGGACGACCCAAUUUGGACAACCUGCGAACGAUUGGAAAAAACAUUCGAAGAAAAAUACUCUCAAAUGAGCAAAUGGCUUGUGAAGCGGGAAGACGAAGUCCUUGCAUAG